UCAUUGUUAAAAGAGGACGCUGAGUUGAGUUUUCGCCCCAGUCCCGGGACAUACUUUCUGUAGGCUGUCACCAACAAAACUGAACCUGGAGGAGUGGUUCUUUAAGAAGCCGAAUUUAAGGUAGAAGGGACCAUGAUGUCUGGCGGAGACCAGGAACCAGGUCACUACUAUGUGGGCAUCGAUGUGGGAACAGGUAGUGUUCGUGCGGCUCUAGUGGACCAGAGAGGGGUCCUUUUGGCUUUCGCAGAACAGCCAAUUAAAAAGUGGGAGCCCCAGUUCAACCACCACGAGCAGUCCUCAGAGGACAUUUGGGCAGCAUGUUGCCUUGUCACAAAGGAAGUUGUUCAAGGGAUUGAGGCACAUCGAAUCCGAGGACUUGGUUUUGAUGCCACGUGUUCUCUGGUUGUCUUGGAUAAAGAGUUCCGUCCUUUACCAGUAAACCAUGAAGGGGACUCUUCUCGAAACGUUAUCAUGUGGCUGGACCAUCGGGCUGUCAGCCAGGUUCACAGGAUUAAUGAGACCAAGCACAGUGUCCUUCAGUAUGUGGGUGGUGUGAUGUCUGUGGAGAUGCAGGCCCCAAAGCUCCUGUGGCUGAAGGAGAACUUGAGAGAGAUUUGCUGGGAUAAGGCGGGACAUUUCUUUGAUCUCCCAGACUUCUUAUCAUGGAAGGCAACAGGUGUCACAGCACGGUCUCUCUGCUCCUUGGUGUGCAAAUGGACAUAUUCAUCAGAGAAAGGUUGGGAUGACAGCUUCUGGAAGAUGAUUGGACUGGAAGAUCUCACUGAUGAUAAUUACAGCAAAAUAGGAAACUUCGUGUUGCCUCCUGGAGCUUCUCUUGGAACUGGGCUCACACCAGAAGCGGCCAGUGAGCUGGGUCUUCCUUCGGGAAUUGCUGUGGCGGCCUCACUCAUUGAUGCCCAUGCGGGAGGACUAGGAGUGAUCGGGGCAGAUGUGAGAGGUCACGGGCUCACCUGUGAGGGACAGCCAGUGACGUCAAGGCUGGCUGUCAUCUGCGGAACAUCGUCUUGUCACAUGGGGAUCAGCAAAGAUCCAGUGUUUGUACCAGGUGUCUGGGGACCUUAUUUCUCAGCCAUGGUUCCUGGGUUCUGGUUGAAUGAAGGUGGUCAGAGUGUGACUGGAAAAUUGAUAGACCAUAUGGUGCAGGGCCACCCUGCCUUUCCUGAACUACAAGCCAAAGCCACAGCCAGAUGCCAGAGUAUAUAUGCAUAUUUGAAUAGUCACCUGGAUCUGAUUAAGAAGGCUCAGCCUGUGGGUUUCCUCACUGUUGAUUUACAUGUUUGGCCAGACUUCCAUGGCAACCGGUCUCCCUUAGCAGAUCUGACUCUGAAGGGCAUGGUCACUGGAUUGACAUUGUCUCAGGACCUUGAUGAUCUUGCCAUCCUCUACUUGGCCACUGUUCAAGCCAUUGCUUUUGGGACUCGCUUCAUCAUUGAAACCAUGGAGGCAGCAGGGCACUCUCUCAGUACCCUCUUCUUAUGUGGAGGCCUAAGCAAGAAUCCGCUUUUUGUGCAAAUGCAUGCUGACAUCACUGGCUUGCCUGUGGUCCUGUCACAAGAGGUGGAGUCUGUCCUCGUGGGAGCUGCUAUUCUGGGUGCCUGUGCCUCAGGGGACUUCACUUCUGUGCAGAGCACAUCUGUGGACAAGAUCCGGUACUGCAAAACAGUCCGAGCUGAGGUUUCAGCCUGGAGAGGGGACCUUCUGAGAGGCCGGUGAAGGAGAGAGAUGCACAGCCUAUCUUAGCUCAGUACAGAGCCCACCUCAUGUCCUCUGUUUCCUCAUGGCCGGCUAGCACCUUGGUCUGGAGGAGCCUGUGUUCAGGGUUGCAGGUCUUCCGACUGUGGCCAGGCCAGUCACACCUACUGCCAUCUGCUGGAGUGGGACCUGGACGAGCCAGCGAGAUGACUGCAGAUGCUAGAGGCGAAAUUUACAAGCAGUCCCGAACUGGACAUUUAAACAUGUGCUUCACCUCCUAGGAGACAACAGACUGUUUUGUGUCUGACUCAGUGUAGUAGAAUGGGGAGAUGGAACUCUGUUUUCCAGGGCAUCCUAACACUGAUAGCAGAAGAGAUCCAUUCUGUACGUACAGCUGAUAAUUAUAGUCUUGACUACUGACUGAUUUAAUCUCCAGAGCCAUCGCAGUAUUUAAUGGCGCUUUGCCAACAAUGGUGACCGGCAAACACAGUUGUUUCUCUGGGUCACAGGCAGCAAGAAGUGAAGCUCAGAUAAGGAUGCACUAGGCUUGGCACACCGCGAAGUGCUGAAACCCACUUCUAUAAAUUUUCUCUGAGAACACUGAGUGUGUGCUGACCUCGCUAAACGGAGCUUCCAAAAUACAGUUCCAAGUUUAAUCAAUCCUAGCCAGUCUUUAGAGCUGGAUAAGCAUGUAAUGCCCCCAAAGCGGAGGUGAGACUCCACAGGCAUAGCCUGGAGCUGGCUAAGAAGGGAAGGAAGCAUUGAUUAUAGAGCACCAGCCCCUUAGAGAGCAGGGCUACUCUGAAUGGACUCAGCCUCUUCACCAGCCCACACCAACACCAGCUCUCCACUUUCCUUAUGUCUCACUCUGUAGUGUAUGUGAAUCACUGAGUGACUCUGGUUGUGGCCUGGACCAAGACCUCCUCCGCUUUGGGUCUUCAUCUCCUCAUCUUUACACUGUAAGGGUCAGACUUCAGGUUUUUCACACAUGUUAAGCAACGGAACCUCAGCAAAGCCAACAUCUAAGAGAAUGUACCAUGCAUCUCCCACUUACCGCAUCACUCUUUUUGUUUUUCCUCAGUGUAGACUACCCUAGAAGGUCCCUGCUGAGCACAAGGGCUGAGCCACAUUGUUUAACGGGAAAUACUGAAUGAAUUUUAUAUACCUAAAGAUGCAUGAUAAAAUAAUGACAAAGUAGCCUGACUGUUAAGAAAGAUAGACUGGAGAGCUGUCACCACAGGGCUGUGUACCUUAUUCACAGCUGACAAACUGUCUCUCUAGUGGGGAGGUGCUUCCGUCUAUCCGACAGUGUCUGGUGACUUGUUACAAAGGGACUCUCUGUCAGCUCUUGCAGGUAGAAUUCUUCCCAGAAUGCUUUUCGAGACUGGCCUUCUAUCUGGAACUCUGACCUCUGGCUUCACCACCAAUAGGAGUCAUCUGGGGAGAGCCAUGGAACUGUUCCUCCCUGCCUUAACCAUCAUCCUUUGCUGAUGGGAGGAGGUUGGCAUUAACAGCGUCGGUUUAAUUCCUUCUCAGCACUUCAAGCUUUGAGUUAUCAGUACUUGGCCCUGUGCUGAAGCAUCAUGUAAGGUUUAAUCGCACCCAUGCCAUUAGAUUGACAGAGUCACUAGUGGAUGUCCAUUCCCUUCAUGGUUGCCCUUGAUAAAGACCCUUUAUGUAAAUACCCCAAGAAUAAGAAUUUCGCUUAACUCAUUUCCCUAUCUCUAGGGUCUAACACAGCCAGACACAGACAUGCUGCUUGGGAAAUCCUUUUCAUUCAUUAAGCAAAUAGCCCUAGGUAUUUGGUCAAGUCAAAUCCUCAUCACCGCUACAAUUGAGUGGGCAAGAUGGUGAAACAAUAAAUGUAAAUGCAUAUUAUAGCUUGGGUCAAUAGUUAAAAAAGGAAAAGAACAUGUUUGAUGGAAGAGCUAAUUAGCGUGAUUGAUAGCUGAAUGAGAAUAAAUGACUUUCAUUCCUAACUCUGAACCUGUCUCAUUUGGUCUCUGAAAAGAGUAAUCAUCGCUAUUAUGUCCAUUGUUACAACUGCUACUCCUGUUUCUUAUGUAUAUGUUGCAUUCUAAAUUUUAUGUUAGUGUUUUUCACCCUGAUUAUAUAAAUUCAUGAACUAACCUUGCCUGGUGGGCCUCCUUAUUUCAAAUGAAACAGACAAGGCCCAGGAAUAUUCUUCAUACGAUGAGAUAGCUAGUGUCAUUGAUGAUGCUCGAACCAAAGCUGGCCAGACAAUCUUCUCUUCUGAGAAAGGGGAAUGUCUCCUGAACUCCUAAGUGAUCACUGCAGGUUCAACCUGGAUCCCAGUUUGAGAAGCCCCAAGUUAUAUUAUGUGGCAAAAGUCUCAUUCCAUUAGAUCAAAGGGCAAAACCAAAACAACCAUAACAAAAAUGAGUUGCUGGAGAGUAUGUAGGAAAAAAAGGAAAAUAAUUUUGCCUUGGCCAUCUCAUGGUCACCUUCCAGCAGUAGAAAGCCAUCG